UUGAGUUCAUUUAACUCUCGCAAUGGUCGAGUGAAUUAAAACACAACUGUGAUAAACCAAAAUGUAACUGAUUCCGUGCGAAAUGAAUGUAAAACGACAGAAUCUUGUGACAGGAGUGGCAAUUUUCUUUGUUUUUGUUGUGGUUGUGACUGUAUGUAGCUUAAAGGCGGGCGUCCAAAAUGACGCCCCUUCGGAGCAAGCCUCCGACAAACCCGACGUUCCAAGGGCUGUGAAAAACUGGCCGAAGAAGCCGCUUAAACUAGGUCAAGUGUCGGGAGUCUCCGUGAAUUCCGCCUUCCAACCCGUCAUUUUCCACCGUGCAGAUCGAGUUUUUGACCAAUACACAUUUAACUCAACAAACCACUUCCAACAACUCCACUUGGGACCAAUCGCAGAACCCACAGUUCUCACCCUUGACCCACAAACCGGCCAGGUUUUGGGCCAAUGGGGCGAAAACUUCUUCUUCAUGCCCCAUGGCCUGACCAUCGACCGGCACGACAACCUGUGGGUGACCGACGUGGCCCUCCAUCAAGCCUUCAAAUUCAAACCGGGCGAAUUGAGCCCUAUUUUGACUUUCGGCCAGCGCUUGACUCCCGGUUCGAGCAAAAACCACCUGUGCAUGCCCACUUCGAUCGCUGUGGCCUCCGAAGGCGAGGUUUUCAUCGCUGACGGUUACUGCAACAGCAGGAUUUUGAAAUUUAAUGCCGCAGGAGUCCUGUUGAGAAUUAUUCCGAGCCCUCCAGAGUUUUUGUCGCUGCAAGUGCCCCACGGAGUCGCCCUCAUCGAAUCUUUAGACCGAUUGUGUGUCGCUGAUAGGGAAAAUAUGAGAGUCACUUGUCCCAGAGCCGGAUUGUACAGCAUGAAAGGGAAAUCCGAGCCGGCUCUCACCAUCCAACAACCCGAUAUGGGACGAGUGUUUGGAGUGGCAGCAAAAGGAAAAUUGAUUUAUGCCGUUAAUGGACCAACAAAUCAGCUGCUACCGGUCCAAGGACUGACCAUUGAUCCGCAAGCUGAGGCUGUCAUCGACCACUGGGCCCCAGAAGAGGGCUUUGGGAACCCGCACGCCAUCGCCGUGUGCCCCAACGGUUCGGCCCUGUACGUGGCCGAAAUCGGUCCGAACCGGAUCUGGAAAUUCGAGCUGGUCCCGCCGAAGAAGAAGUAACCAAAUAUCAAACAUUGAUUUAUAAUUUUUCAAAAGAGAGAAACAAUAGUUUAGUUGAGCCGUAAUUGUGUAUAGAAAUUAUUGUUGAAAUGUCCUUGCUGUACCAUCAUUUCUAUAGACAAUAAAAGAAAAAUGUCCCGUUUUG